AUGAGCAAGUCAAAAACAAUUGAUGCAUUUUUUAAGAAAAAAGAUGCUGAUUCAAAUUCUAAAACGUCUUCCUCAACAUCUAAUCAACAAACUUUAGCUCCUGAGCAAGUUGCUUCUAAGAUGCCAAGAAUUGAAUUUCAAGAAGUUGAGUCAGUUGACAUUUCUACCCUACAACAUGAUCCAGGGUUACGUCCUCAAAUGUGGGAAUAUCCUGUUAAUCAACAGGAUGAAAUUAGACAUGCUUAUCUUAAAGACGGUCCAUAUAGAUUCAUUCCUCCUGAUAGUCCUGGAUAUCCGUUUUCAGGAAAAGGAAAAAAUCGUCGGAGAUUUCAAUCAUCUUGGUAUAAAAUGUUUCCUUGGUUAGAAUACUCUCCUACAAAAGAUGCUGCUUAUUGUUUACCCUGUUAUCUAUUUUGUAAAAAGCCAACGGGACGGUUUGGAGCUAAUGCAUUUACUAUUGACGGAUUUCGUAAUUGGAAGAAGGUUAAUGAUGGUAUGAAUUGUGCUUUUUUGGUCCAUAUGGGAAAUGGGCCAUGUUCACCUCAUAAUAAUGCUGUUAAGUAUUGUGACACUUUGAUGAAUCAAUCUCAACAUAUUGAUAAGGUGAUAGAUAAGCAAACUUCAGAAGAAAAAAUGAACAAUCGAUUGCGAUUGAAGACUUCAAUUGAUUCUAUUCGGUAUUUAAUAUCUCAGGGAUGUGCUCUUAGAGGUCAUGAUGAAAGUCCCGAUUCAUUAAAUCGUGGCAAUUUUCUUGAGUUGAUAAAACUUAUCUCCAUUUACAAUGAGGAUGUUGCUAAGGUUGUUUUAGAAAAUGCUCCACAAAAUGCUAAAUAUACUUCACAUCAUGUCCAAAAAGAGAUUUUACAUGUCUUGGCAAAGAGGGUACGAGAUGCAAUUCGUGAAGAAAUUGGUAAAUCAAAAUUUUGCAUUAUUGUUGAUGAGGCACGAGAUGAGUCUAAGAGAGAACAAAUGGCUAUUGUUUUGAGAUUUGUUGAUAAAGAUGGAUUUAUACAAGAACGCUUCUUUGAUAUUAUUCACGUUAAAGAUACAUCGGCGUUGACCUUAAAAAAUAAUAUAUCUGAUGUUCUUUCUCGAUAUUGUCUUGAUAUUCAAAGUAUUCGUGGACAAGGGUAUGAUGGUGCUAGCAAUAUGCGUGGUGAAUGGAAAGGAUUGCAAGCAUUAUUUCUUAGUGAUUGUCCUUGUGCAUACUAUGUUCAUUGUUUUGCUCAUCGAUUGCAAUUAGCAUUAGUUGCUGCAUCUCGAGAGGUAGUUUAUGUUCAUGAGUUCUUUUCAAAUUUGAAUUUCAUUAUCAAUGUGGUUGGUGCUUCAUGUAAACGUCAUGAUGAACUACAAGCAGCUCAAGCAGCAGAAAUCGCACAUUUGAUAGCUAUUGAUGAACUAGAAACUGGAAAAGGAGCUAACCAAAUUGGCACUUUGAAACGAGCUGGUGAUUCUCGAUGGGGUUCUCAUUAUCAUUCUAUUUGUAGCCUAAUAAGGGUGUUUGGUCCUACUUGUUCAGUGCUUGAAAAUAUUAUCAAAGGAGGAUCUACUUACUCUCAACGUGGGGAUGCUAAUGCUGCUUAUAAAAUGAUUACAUCCUUCAAAUUCAUAUUCAUUUUACAUUUGAUGAUGAAAAUCAUGGGUACUACCGAUUGUCUUUGUCAACAUUUACAGCAAAAAUCUCAAGACAUCUUGAAUGCUAUGAAGCUAGUUUCUAGUACAAAAACACUCCUCCAAAAAUUGAGAGAUGAAGAUUGGGAUAAUUUGCUUGAGGAAGUAGUAUCUUUCUCCAAGAAAUUUGAAAUUGACAUUCCAGAUUUGAGUGCUCGUUAUGUUGAAGGUCGAGGUCGUCAUCAACGGGAUCACAUCACGGUCGAGCAUCAUUAUCAUUUUGACAUAUUCAAUGCUACUAUAGACUUUCAAUUGCAAGAGCUCAACAGUCGAUUUGAUGAAGGAGCAAUAGAACUUUUGACACUUAGUUCAUCUUUGAAUCCAAAUGAUGCUUAUAAAUCCUUUAACAUUGAUGAUAUUUGUAGUCUUGUGGAGAAGUACUACUCUCUUGAUUUUUCUGAGCAAGAGAAAAUUCAUUUGAGAUAUCAGUUGAAGCAUUUUGAACUUGAUGUGCUUAAUCAUCCAAAAUUAAAAAACUUGUCUUCCACUGCGGAAUUAUGUCAAGGAUUGAUAGAGACAGGAAAAUCAGAGAUAUACUAUCUUAUUGAUAGAUUGAUUCGUCUUAUUUUGACUCUUCCAGUGUCUACGGCGACUACUGAACGGGCGUUUUCAGCUAUGAAGAUUGUUAAAACAAGACUUCGUAACAAAAUGGAGGAUGAGUUUCUUGCAGAUAAUUUAGUUGUCUACAUUGAAAAGGAAAUUUUUGAAAGUUUCAAUUCAGAUUUGAUACUUGAUGAUUUUGUUUCUCUAAGGGCGCGUAGGAUGCAAUUUUAG